AUGAGUGAGAGCCGCAGUCCAAGGCCAAAGCGAGCGGCUGCCUUAAGGGCAAAUGAAAGGUUAUUUGAACCGGAACUACUCUGGAAAGCUUUCGAAAAAGCCAAGCCACGGAUGUGUGGACAAGCGGCAAAGAAGACGAUUGAGGCCAUGGAAUUUCACCGCCAAUGCCCAGAUUACGAGUCCCCAAGCAAACAUCUCUUUUACAUCAGGAUCAAAGGAAAAGGGCGAAUAGACGAUCCCGAAUUAUAUUACUAUCCUUAUCUGUUGGUGCUCCAGGCCAUAUGGCCUUAUAGCGAACACGUUCAAACCAUUGCAAAGGCAUUUGCCAGGUACUGGGGUGUCCCUGACAUGUGGCGCGGCCCAAAGCAUUAUCCCAUACUCAACGACAGAGACCGCGAAAUGGAACUUUUCAUGGGCCUGAAACCAAGAGAGACCGAAGCACGAGAGGAUGAAAGUUCAGCAGGAAGUGGUGAAGACAAUGAAGAAGACGAAGAAGACGUUAAACAAGAGAACGAGGAAGAACAAGAACAAGAGCAAGAAGACGAACAGGGGGAGGAGCAAGAUGAAGAACAGGAGCACAAACAAGAACAACAGCUUGAAGGAGAGCAGGAUGAAGGUGAUGAGAAGCAGAAGGAACAGCAAGAUGAAGGAGAUGAGGAAACGAUUCCCGAUAUUUCCGACAUCGACACCAUUACUGACAUUGAUAAACUCGACAGACUGGAGUCUAUACUCGAAGUCAGAGAGAAAAAGUUUAUGUAUAAGAUACAGGAAACAAAGGAACGGGUCCGAAAGGUUCAAGAGAGCAAGCGAGACCUGUACAGGAAGAAGUCCAGUGCCUCGAAAAAGGCCGCGGAGAGACUCCAGGUGAGGCUCGACGCAGAGCGCAUGGUUUCUGACCACUGGGCCACCAAGGAAAGGGAGUAUAUCAAGAAACUCGAGCGAUCUUCAGCCACGUCUUCUGUCAUCUCUCCACCCCCUGAACAGGAGAGUGAACGUCCUGCCAAACGACAACGGGCUGCUGGACACAAGGAGUGA